AUGGAUCAGUAUGAUGAAGUACAAUAUAAAAUAGAAUUAAUUGACAACGGUCAAACAAAAGCUUCAGUACACGACGCAGAACGGGAUUUCGUCGAAAAUAGAUGUUUUACAAUUCAAGCAGAUAUAGAAAAACUGCUAACACAUCGCAACAGUACAGCGACUCAUCGUGAAAAAGCAGAAUCUCAGGUUCGACUACCUAAGCUGAAGCUACCUACGUUUGACGGUAACCUUAAAGAGUGGCCUGCUUUCAAAAACCUUUUUAUGUGUUCUGUUGACAGCGCAAAUAUUCCAACAUUACAAAAGUUUCAAUAUUUGAAGACGUCGGUUAAAGGUGAAGCAGCUGGUUUAAUUAAUUCAUUAUUAAUUAUUGAAGAAAAUUAUAAUAAGGCUUUAGAAUUAUUAACUAAAAGGUAUGAAAAUAAAACAAUUAUUGUAAACCAUCAUCUUAAAAGUUUCAUAAAUUUUCCUACUAUAACGAGACAUAAUUUAAAACAAUACUUGACUGUAUUUCAACAAAGUCUUGAUUCUCUCCGAGCACUAGGCGUUACUGUAGAUUCUUGGGAUCUUAUUCUAGUUUAUUUAAUAACACAAAACUUAGAUAAUUCAUUGCGUGCCUCUUGGGAAAUAAGUAGGAAGGAUUCCAACAUUCCCACACUAGAAGAGCUGUUAGAUUUCUUAAAUCUAAGAGUUACUGCCUAUGAUCUUAUGAAAGACUCAGAUAGGACAUCACCACAAACUUCAAAAUCUUUCCCUAAACUAUCUCAUGUGUCAAUUUCAUUACAUACAAAGCCAACAAUACAAUGCGUAUUAUGUCAAAACGCUCAUGUUUUAUAUAAAUGUCCUAACUUUUUAGAAAUGCCAGUUGAUAAACGUAUAGACUUUAUAAAAGCAAAUUCUUUAUGUUUUAAUUGCUUACAACCAUUUACAUUUCAACACAAAUGCUCUAAGAGUCGAUGCGCUUUAUGCCAUAAAAUGCAUUACACAACAAUACACAUGCAGAAUCCUCCCAGGAAAGUAAACACAGUUACUGCAACACAAUUAUAUCCUGGUCAUGAUCGUCUUCAACAGACAUCGCCCACAUAUCAGUCUCGUAAUGACUCACACAUAUAUCAUACACAAAAUAAUAUUACAGAUAUGCCACAUACACCACGCACACAAUCUCGUAGCAAUCAUAUUUCUCCAAUCAUACAAUCUUAUGCACUCAGACAACAGUCAUCUAACAUUAAAUCUCCCCACAUCAAGACAAACGUAGAACAUAAUCAAGAACAUAUUCAAGUAACUCCUUCCACAGUACUAAUUUCAAAUAGUAAAUAUAACCAAAUAUUGCUUCCCACAGCUAUUGUGAAGGUUCAAGAUUCUGCUGGUCGCUGGCAUUCCGCACGAGCACUCUUGGACUCGGGAAGUGAGGUAAACAUUAUUACCCACAGACUAGCGAGUUUAUUAAAUUGUAAAUAUCGUUAUAAUCAUCAUAUAAUUCAAGGCAUCGGAGAAUCAAAUCAACAAACGCAACUAUGUAUUAACACAAACAUAGCUUCGUAUCACACAGAUUAUAAAACAAAUCUCAAAUUCAUCGUAAUGAACAACAUAACUGUUCCUCUCCCUCACUCUUAUAUACAAACUGACACAUGGAACAUUCCAUAUAAACAAUCUAAGUUUCUAGCUGAUCCACAAUUUUAUAUGAGUAAAGAAAUUGAUCUGCUUCUAGGGGCGGGAAUUUUCUACGAUCUCUUAUUAUUAGGACAUAUACGUCUAGGUCCGAACCGACCACAUCUUAUAGAGACAGUUUUAGGAUGGGUGGUAUCGGGUACAUUGGUAGUUGAUAGUCAAGCUGAUAUAAAUAAUUCACAAGUUUACUUACAUGCAUCAUCCACACAAACACGAACGAUAAGAAAAAAUCAUACAAAAGGUCAUACUCUCUUCAGAACAACUAUACAUUAA